AAGCGGACCACAAACAAGUUUUUUCCUCGUAUUUUCAUCUUCUCAAAAAACUUUUCAUUAAGAAGACACUUUGUUUAUAGUCUUGUACAUCCACGGGAGAGUACAGCACCCGAAGUUUGGCCACCAUGCAGCCGGAAGGAGACUAUGAGCACUGGUCUUGUCUUGCGGUGAUCCAGUGAUGCUGAUCUAAAUUAAGAUUUAGGGGGGGCGGGGUCAUGUUUGUACUGUGCCCCUUGGCGGUCCUGGCGCUCUACAGCUUUUUUAAGAGCUACACCCAAAAGGACAUGAGCCCAAACUUUGGUGAGGUCCCCGACCGUGGACUCUUAGUGGGAGAUGGGAUUCCUCAGAAGAAGUGCACAAGGAUGAAGGGCAGGCGAGGUGGCGCCCGCCGGAAGCGAGUCCAGCCGGUCCGGAAGUCAUUCCAGCUGCUCAGUCCCACGGUCAUGUUUGGACCAAGAAAGACGUGGGACCUCGGCCACACCCCCUGUCUACAGGAGCUCUGGAAGAACGACCUCUCUUUUGACGCGAGUUCGCUUGACUUCCUGAUGAGUGAUGGUGAGGAGGACGCCUCCUUUAUGUCUCUGCCAAGCCCCACCUUCUCUCGCCGCUCCCUUCUGACUGCAGAGCUGAACGAAUCAAGUGCACCCAAGCAGCAGCAGCUGCUCAUCCAGAGGGUCACAUGGUCCUGCUGGUGGACAUCCACCAACUCUCUUCAGGACAAAGUGUGUGAUCUCCGGGCCCGUCUCGACUCUGAAGCGCUGCACCACGCGGCGCUCGGGCGGCCAAACGGUCUGGCGGCGGCGCAGCAGGCAGGCGUGGCGCUAAGCGGUGGCGUGGACAAAGAGCAGCUGAUCCCUCGGCUGCACUCCCAGGUUGAAGAUCUGGAGAAGAAACUUCUUGACCAAACACAGGAGCUGGCGAGACUUCGCUCGGAACUGGGGGCGACAGACCUGGAGAAACAGCUGGAGAUCCUGGAAGCGGAAAACAGGCAUCUGAAGCGGGAGCUGACCUCUUGCAGAAGCGUAGAGGCAGCAUGCAGCUGCAGCCAGGAUGUAGAGGCGCUGCGGAGGGAAGUGUCUCGCCAGGAGAACCAGGCCCGUCAGAGAGAGCGCCACCUUGCUGAGCUGGAGAGACAGCUGAUGGAAAAAAGUGCCAAGGUGGACACGUUACAGCAGCAAUUGGAAUGGUCUAAAAAGACACAAGGGGAGGGAUCAGGCCAGAAAGCUGGAGACCAGUUGCAGAUUGAGGAGGCAGUGCAGGCAGAGGAGGCGGAGACUGACGAGUCCUCGACGGCGAUGCAGCUGAAGAACGUGUUGCUGCAGGAGCAGCUGUGUGUGCAGCGCCACCUGCUGCGAGAACUUGAGGCGCAGCUGCACGAGUCGCAAAGGACCUGUGCUCAACUGAGGACGCAGAUUGCGGUCUACGAUGGCGAAAUGGAGCGUGCUCAGAAGCAUAUGGAUGCGGAGCUUGUGCAUUUGAAGGAGGAGAAGGACCGAGUGAUUGAGGAGGCCUUCGUUAGGGCCGAGAGCGAGAUGAAGGCAGUCCACGACAACCUGGCAGGAGUGCGCAUGAAGCUGGUGGGUCUUCAUCCGGCACUGAGGACGCUGACGUGCGACUACAACACGCUGAAGAAGCAAGUCCACCAUUUCCCUGUUAUGCUGGACAAGGCCAUCGCUGACGCAAAGCAUGAGAUCUGUCAGGUCAUCAGCGAGGUGAGCAGCACCAACCAGAACCUUCUCGACAAAUACAAGCGGGAGAUGAACCUGAGGAAGAAGUGCCACAACGAGCUGGUCCGACUCAAAGGUAACAUCCGAGUUUUGUGCCGCGUUCGACCCAUCAGUCAGCAGGAAACGGACUCGGCCGACGUCAGAACCAUGUUGACCUUUGACCCAGACGACGACGCCAUCCUCUACCUCACCAACAAGGGCAAAGUUAUGACCUUUGACCUGGACAAAGUCUUCCGGCCUCAAGCCACGCAGGAAGAGGUGUUUCAGGAAGUUCAGUCUCUGGUCACCUCCUGUAUCGACGGAUAUAACGUUUGUAUCUUUGCAUACGGACAGACGGGAUCGGGAAAAACCUACACCAUGGAGGGCGUUCCCGAAGACCCCGGCCUCAACCCGCGAGCGCUCCGCCUCCUUUUUUCCGAAGUGAUGGACAAAAGUCCGGAUUGGGAAUACAAGAUCAGUGUUAGCAUGGUGGAGAUUUAUAACGAAACUCUUAGGGAUCUUCUGGGUCACAACAUCUCCGACAAACUGGACAUCAAGAUGAAUCCUGACGGCAGCGGACAGCUUUAUGUCCCUGGACUGACACAAGUCCAGGUCCAAAGUCCUGAGGACAUCAACAAGGUUCUGGAGUUAGGUCAAGUUAGCCGAGCGACGGCGUGCACCCACCUGAACGAUCACAGUUCUCGUUCUCACGCGCUGCUUAUCGUCUAUGUGUCGGGGCUCAACGCCACCACAGGAAGUUGCACGCAAGGGAAGUUGAACCUGGUUGACCUGGCUGGCUCGGAGCGCAUCAGGAAGUCCGGUGCUGAGGGCGGGCGCUUGCGAGAGGCCCAGUGCAUCAACAAGUCUUUGGCGGCGCUCGGCGACGUCAUCAACGCGCUGCGCUCCAAACACGCUCAUGUCCCGUUCAGGAACUCCCGGCUGACAUACCUUCUUCAGGACAGUCUGGGAGGGGACAGCAAGACUCUGAUGAUGGUGCAGGUGUCUCCUGUUCUCGGAAACCUCAGCGAGUCACUUUGCUCGCUCAAGUUCGCUCAGCGUGUUCGCAACGUGGAGCUGAACUCCACAAGCGCCGCCUCCAGGAGACUUGACAACUCGUCUACUUCGUCCUCGCCGACCCACGACAGCGUGGAGCUGGACUCGCCACCCGACACCCCGAUGCCCGUACCUAUCUCUCGCGCCAGCAGCGCUGGCUCCUCCCUUUCUUCGGCCUCAAGAACUUCCGGCAGCUCGCGUCGCAGAUCACAGUCGCAGCUUUCCGCUGACUCAUUUAGACCCAUUGUUGGGGGCCAGUAGGCAGGACGACUGAAGAUGACGGCGUGAGGCGUGGACAUGGUCACAGAAGGCGCGUUGGUUUCCAUGGUGAUCAGCUGACAACAGUGUUUUGGAGGGGUUUUUUUGCACUUUAGCUGAUUUAUUUUUUUUUGCAUCCAUAUUUUAAUGACUAUAUUAUAACGAACAGUUUUCAUCCAAUGAGGAUGCUGACAGUUUUCAAACGGACCAAAUUUGGUCUUCCUAAACACACAUGCACAAGUGUGUGUCGUGUUAACCAUCUUUUAAUGUCAAUAUUAUAACGAACAUUUUUCAUCCAAAGAGGAUGCUGACAGUUUUCAAACGGACCAAAUUUGGUCUUCCUCAACACACGUGCACACGUGUGUGUGUCACGUGAAAGUCGAUCAACUCUGAUUAGUUUGCUUUUUGUAUUUAAUUUUUAAUAAACGUAAAUACACCAAA